AUGGACUGCCAGCUGUUGGCUCUUUGUGUAUGCACAGGUGCUGGAAGCAGAAGAGCACGAGUUUGCAGUUUGCACACCGCGGAUAUUGUCAAGAGUGGUGCUCUAGACCUUGUCGUCGGCCGUGACGAUGGCAACGUGGAGCUUUGGGGCCUGGGCGAUGCUGCUGCAUUUGCCUCGCAGCGCUUGGAGCAGGCUCCGACACCUUUGUGGGAGACCUGCUUGCAAGAAAGCAUCCAAUCCUUGAGCUCGGGUCACAUCACUGGUGGCGAUUACGUCGAAGUGGUCUUGGCUACAUUUGGUGGCAAAGUCUUAGCCUUCACACCGAGCGGCGCAGCUCGGGAUCCAACGGGCACUCAAAUGGCGCAGCAAGAGGAGAAGGAGGAAGCGGGCUCAUCCUUGGUUUCAAGAAUGGCCAGGAGCUCGAUAUGA